AUGAGGAUUGCUAAAUCAACCCCCUACACUGAAACCCCAAAUAAUGUUUUGGUUGGUUUUGCUGAUGCUGGGUACCUAUCUGACCCACAUAAAGCUCGAUCCCAAACUGGGUCUAUCAUUACACAUAUUCGAGGGACGAGUGGUUUGAAUUCCACCACUGAAGAGCCAACAUGCAUUUAUGAAGAUAAUGCAGCUUGUAUCGAACAGAUGAAGCAAGGAUAUAUCAAGGGUGAUAAUACUAAACAUAUUUAUCCACAGUUCUUUUACAAUCAGCAACAACAGUGCCUCUUAAACAUUCAAGUCAACAAAGUACCGUCUGAUGAGAAUGUGGCAGAAUUAUUUACUAAGUCACUUCCUAAGUCCUUAUUUGAAAAGAACGUAAAGAGUAUUGGACUAAGGAAAUUGUCCGAACUCCCUUGA